AUGGUGUCCGACCAUGCUGUGCCCCGGACCUCUGUCGCGCGCUGUGAUAAGCUCGCAGGUGGCACUGUCGCUGUUCCGCUCGCGGCGCUGCUACUGUUGAAGAUGCGUGGAACGGUGCCCGUCGCCUUCCACUUCAAAGACACAAUGAACUGUCAACUGCUGGAGCUCCGCGGGGCGGUGGAGCGCCUUCAGGCGAAGCUGCGGGGAAAGGGGGAGGUUCCCACGGUGGAGAAGCUCCGGGCACUGAAGACGGUCCUCCAGAGUCCGCUCUUCCACCGAAUCCUCAGCAUGCAGACGCCCGGCCGUGUCCCCCCGGCCUCGACGGCCUCCUGCAGCCUGCCGUGUCUGGCGCACAGUGACUCAUACGAAUGGGCUCUGCGUAUCCCAGCGUAUCCCAGCGUCCCCGCGGCGCCCGUCUCCCGCGGCGACCUGUCAGCCGCCCGCCUCCAGCUCGUCCUUCAGGCCACGGCUCAGGGGCGCUACGUGACCCAAAUCGAGCUCCCGAGGCCCGUCGCUGGCGAGCUGGGCCUCGGUCUGGGGGCCGUGGAGAGUGAGAGCACCGAGGAAGGGGGCAUAUUUGUUCAGGAGAUCCUGCCAGGCGGGGCCGUGCAUCGCGAGGGGAACCUGAAGGAGGGCGAUCGGAUCUUAGCCAUCGACGGGCAGCCGCUGGACCAGGCCUGCUCUCUGCAGCGGGCGGAGGACAUGCUAGAGAACGCGCCGGAAAGGGUCCAGCUCAUUGUAGCCCGGGGCCCCAUCCAGGAGCUGGACAGCCCCGAGAUGUCCGUCACGCGGUCCUCAGCCAAUGCCCUGCUGCCGUGUCACAGCACGAACGACAGAGAGGUGGAGGUCAUCGAGCUCCAGAACAGCGGGGCUGGCCUGGGGUUUGGCAUCGUGGGGAAGAAGCCUGAGGGGGUUGUGGUGAAGACCAUCCUGCCCGGAGGGACAGCUGAUAAGGACGGAAGACUGCGCAGGGGGGACCGUCUCCUGCAGAUCGGGGACACGGACGUGUCUGGGCUGAGCAGUGAGGAGGUGGCCUGUGUGCUGCAGCAGUGUGGAGCCCAGGUCCGGCUGCUCAUCUCCAGGGGAGUCCUGGAUGAGACCCCCUGCCCCAGUCUGGCUGCCACCCCUGAUGCCAAGCGACAGGGCUGCGGAGAUGAAGAGACGGAUGCAUUUGAUGUGGAGCUCACCAAAAACGCUGAAGGAUUAGGGAUUACCAUCGCCGGUUAUAUUGGGGAAAAAAACGCUGAACCUUCCGGGAUCUUUGUGAAAAGCAUAGUAAAGGACAGUGCUGUUGAACUGGAUGGACGUAUACAUGUUGGAGAUCAGAUCAUAGCUGUGGAUGGCACUAACAUCCAGGGCUACAGCAACGAGCAGGCAGUGGAGCUCCUGAGACACACGGGACAGACUGUCUCCCUGGAGCUCGUGCGCUGGGGCUCCCAGCCAGGGCAGGCGCUGACCAUAUCGGCCCCAGUGACGGUGCACCGGGACCAGCCACCCGAAGCCAGAAAGGGCCUCACUGUGGACAGGAUGGGAGUGGACACUGGACGAGGACCCAAGUUGACGGAGGCAGAGGAAGAGGAGCUGAAGAAGAAAUGGGAGAAUACCGUGGGACUCAGUAAUGAAAUUAUGGUCGCCCAGGUGGAGAAGUUUAGCGAGUGCAGCGGACUGGGGGUCAGCCUGGAGGCCCGAGACGCUGACCCCGGACGCCACUACAUCUGCUCCGUCCUCCCGGAAGGGCCCGUCGGACGGAGCGGGAACAUCCUGGCUGGGGAUCAGCUGCUGGAGGUCAAUGGGAUAUCCCUCAUUGGAGAGACCCAUAAGGAGGUGGUGGGAAUUCUGAAGGAGCUGCCCAUGUGCGUGUACGUGGUGUGCUGUCGUCCCGCCCAGACCGCGCUGAGUGACAGCAGAUCCGGCCAAUCCAGAUUGAAUUCCCGGAAAGCUAUCUCCGCCGAGAAGGAGCAGGGAGAAGUGGAAGGCUGCGUUGUGCACUGUGACGGGAGUGAGGCUUUGAAAGAGCACGUGGCAGAAGAGUCCCGUGGGUCUCCGCUGGCCAUGUGGGAAACAGAGAGACAGGUCCUGGAGCUGGAGAAGGGGGACGCAGGGCUUGGCUUCAGUAUCUUAGAUUACCAGGACCCGCUGGACCCGGAGAAGACGGUGACGGUGAUCCGCUCCCUGGUCCCCGGCGGCGUGGCGGAGCGGGACGGCCGGCUGCUCCCGGGAGACCGGCUGAUGUCCGUCAACGACGCGGACCUGGGGAGCAGCAGCCUGGAGGAGGCCGUGCGGGCGCUGAAGGGGGCCGGCCGCGGCCCGGUGCGCAUCGGCGUGGCCAAACCCCUGCCCAUGGACUACUAUGAUCUCGACUUAACGAAUGAGACGUCGUUUGACCGUAACCACGACACCCCCAAAGCAGCCAUGUUGGCUCCGCGUAGCAGCAACUGCACUGAACGGAAGGAGGACCGGACGCGCCCGGACCCCGGCGACCCGCAGGACGGCGAUAAGCCCACCGCCACGUCUGGAGCCCCCUUUCAGAGGACAAUUACGGUUGCCAAGGGCAACUCUAGUCUCGGGAUGACAGUGAGUGCCAUCAAGGAUGGCUCAGGGAUGGUAGUCCGCAGCAUCGUUCACGGCGGGUCCAUCAGCAGGGACGGGCGGCUGGCCGUGGGAGACUGCAUUUUAGCCAUCAACGGAGAGCCCACCGUUAAUCUGACCAACGCCCAGGGGCGCGCGCUUCUGAGGCGGCAGUCUCUCAUUGGCCCAGACAUCAGCAUCGCGUACGUCCCCGCAGAGCAUCUGAAGGAGUACAGGGCCUCCCUCAGGCUGCCUGCCCAGGAUGACAUCACCGAGGUGGAUGCCCCGCCUACUCUGCGGAGAAAGAUCACAGGCGUUACGAAGCCGGAGCACAAGGGAGGAGAGGACCCGGAGCCACACGGUGUCGACCGCGACAGCUGGAACCAGCCGAGGAAGGUGGAGCUGCACAGGGAGUGCGGGAAGUCUCUGGGCAUCAGCAUCAUGGGGGGGCGUGGCAUGGGCAGUCGCCUUAGCAACGGCGAGGUGAUGAGGGGCAUCUUCAUCAAGCACAUCCUGGAGGACAGCCCCGCCGGCAGGGACGGAACGCUGAAGCCCGGGGACCGGAUCGUGGAGGUGGGCGGAGUGGACCUCCAGGAUGCCAGCCACGAGGAGGCUGUAGAGGCCAUCCGAAAAGCCGGGGACCCCGUGGUUUUCUGCGUGCAGGACGUGGCCCAGUCUCCCACGUCACCGUCUUCUGACCUCAGUGAGGAGCGGGUGCUUGUUACAUCAAACACCACGGCAGAAAACAAGGUAGAUAUUCAUAAAUACUGCCUAUUAUAUCCUCCUAUGACCCGACAAUUUACUUUAGUCCCCUGUCGGGGACACACGUCUCUGCCGCCGGCCCAGAGGGAUUGUGGGAAGGCGUCCGCACUCGUGCCCCCGCCCGUGAGGCUGUCUGUCACCCCCCUGGCGGAGACGCCGGACUCCGUCACGGAGGCCGAGGGGCUGAGCAGGCCGCAGGCUCCCACGCUGAAGGCUCUUGGGGAGGAAGAGGAGGACCAGUUUGGCUACAGCUGGAGGAAGAUCAUGGACAGGUACGGCAGCCUGCCGGGGGAGCUGCACGUGCUGGAGGUGGAGAAGGGGGCGGAGGGCCUGGGGCUGUCCCUGCGGGGGAGCAGCGACCGCGGGCGCAUGAGCGUGUUCGUGGGGGCGCUGGAGCCGGGCGGGGCGGCCGGGCGGGGCGGCCGCAUCGCGCCGGGGGACGAGCUGCUGGAGAUAAACGGACAAAUUCUGUAUGGUCGCAGCCAGCAGAAUGCCUCCUCUAUCAUCGACAGAGCUCCCUCAAAAGUCAAGAUCAUUUUUAUCAGGAACACAGAGCCCCAGAAACAGAUGGCGGUGGGGCGAGGGUACGGAGAUGAGCCGGAUUCACAAACAGAGCUGGACCAGUGUGCUGUCAUUUCCCCCUCUGCAGUUAAUGUUGACAUGUUCAAGUAUGUCCAGUAUGUAGUUCUGCCCAGAGAACCGGGUGGGUUUGGGCUGAAUCUCAGUGAGGAGGACACGGGUGACGGGGUCGUGAUCCAGAGCCUGUCGGAGCACGGAACCGCAAAAAAGGAUGGCAGGAUAAGACCCGGAGACAAAAUCCUGUCGCUGGACGAUGAGACUGUUAUCGGUCUUCCUGUAGGGCAGGUUGCAGGGCUGUUGGAGAAGGCCAGGAGAAGGGUGAAGCUAGCCCUCUGCGUGGACCACACGGCCCCUCCCUGCCUCUCCGCUGACUCCUUUCACCCCCAACCACCGAGACAGACAGGCAGUGCCCCCGCCCACCCAGGCACGGAGCCUAUCAGGAGUUUCACUUACACCAGCAUGACCUCUGACCCCGUGACCUGCCCCAUCACCCCUGGCUGUGAAAGCACCAUUGAGCUCUCCAAGGGCCAGACUGGCCUGGGCCUGAGCAUUGUGGGAGGCUCUGACACGCUGCUGGGGGUCACCGUUAUUCAUGAGAUCUAUGAGGAGGGCGCUGCAGCCAAAGAUGGGAGACUAUGGGCUGGGGAUCAGAUUCUGGAGGUGAACGGGGUGGACCUGAGGACGGCGACACACGACGAGGCCAUGAGCGUCCUGAGGCAGAUGCCCCAGAGAGUGCGUCUGACCGUGUGGAGGGAGGGGGCCCCGUACCGGGAGGAGGACCUCUGGGACGUCUUUGCCCUGGAGCUCCGGACCGCGCCCGGACAGGGGCUGGGCCUGGGCGUGGUGGGGAAAAGGUGCGGAGCCGCUCCAGAACACCUGCUUCGGAACGACACGGGCGUCUUCGUGUCGGACACGGCGCCGGGGAGCGCGUCCGAGGCGGACGGCAGGCUGUGGCCGGGGGACCAGAUCCUGUCGGUGAACGGGGAAGACGUCCGGGCCGCCACACAGGAACACGUGGCCACGCUGCUCCAGGGUUACGCGGGGUCGGUCUGUCUGGAGGUGGCGCGGUUCAAAGCCGGGCCCUGUCAUUCUGAGAAGAGGCCCUCCAUGUGCAGCCAGGUCAGCGAUGUGAGCAGCUGUGGAGCGGUUCUGUACGGCUCGUCUGGGUCCCGUAGCCUCCAGGGGGAAUCAGAUCACAGAUGCAGGAGCGACAACUCAUCUGAUGGCUAUCCAGAGAUUUCAUUUCCAAAGAUUGGAGACAGGAUUGUGAGCGUAUGCGGGAUGCCCACAGAGGGCCUGACCCGGGACCAGGCUGGGACUCUGCUGGGGAACACUUCAGACCACGUGGAGCUGCAGGUGGUUGGUGGUGACUCCAGCUUGUCUGGUUAUGCUGAGGAAGAGGUGAACACCCACAUGUUCCACAGUGACCGAGGUCCUGCUCAGUACAAACGGAUCACUCUGGACCGGGGUUCAGACGGCCUGGGGUUCAGCAUCGUGGGCGGAUUCGGCAGUCCACACGGAGACCUGCCCAUCUAUGUGAAAACCGUCUUCAGCAAGGGCGCGGCCGCUGAAGACGGCAGGCUGCAGCGUGGGGAUCAGGUGCUGGCCGUGAACGGCCUUCCCCUGGAGGGGGUCACUCACCAGGAGGCCGUGGAGAUCCUGAAGAGGACCAGGGGGGCCGUGUCUCUUACUGUGCUGUCGCACAGCAGAGAUUUCAACCUGUAAAACACACACACUCAGACACAUACACACACACACACACACA